UCGGAAUUCAGAUCCUGCACUCACACUAAUGCGCUCUUUAUUAUAGAAAUCCAAAAAAGCAGAAGCCUGAUGCCAACGACUUUAUCUUCAAGCUCUCUCCAUGGCUUCCCCAAGCCUAUCUUUCCUGGCUCACCUUCUUCAAGAGUUCAUUCACUCUAAUUCUCUUCCAGAAUCUAAAGCCCUUCAUACCCUGAUUCUUAAGUCAGGGCUCCUCUUCCGUACCUUCCUCUCCAACCGCCUUCUUCAGGCUUACUUAAAAGCCAGCCUACCUUCUGACGCCCACAAGCUGUUUGACGAAAUGCCCAAUAGAGAUAUCUUCACAUGGAACAUAAUGAUCACUGGAGCCAUCAAAGCUGAAAAUACCAACCUAGCUCGCAAGUUCUUUGAGGACUCUCCAAGAAAAACCGACAUUUCAUGGAAUUCAAUAAUUAAAGGGUAUGCUCAAGAGGGAAACGGAUCAGAAACUCUGGCAUUGUGUUCAAGGAUGAUCCAGGAAGGUCAUCGCCCAACACAAUUCUCAAUUUCCAGUGCCCUCCAGGAAAAAAACAUUGUCUCUUACAAUGCAAUUUUGACUGGUUUGUCCCAUAAUUCUCUGGCGGAGGAUUGCUUGAUAAUGUUCAAGGAGUUAUUAUUGGAGAUGGAGAUACAACCGGACCACAUUACUUUUGCGAUUAUACUUAGCUCAGUUGCAGCUUUGGCAAAUUUGUCUUGUGGGAUGCAAGUUCACGCCUUUGUCACCAAAACACCGGUUUUUGAAAAUGUGUUUGUUGGAACUGCUUUACUGGAUGUCUAUGCUAAGUGUGGGAACGUGGAGGAUGCUCGUCUGGUAUUUGACACGAUGGAAGAAGGGAACAACGUUACUUAUAGUUCUAUAAUCAUCGGGUAUGCACAAAAUGGAUAUGGAAGAGAAGCAAUCAGUCUUUUCAAGGAAAUGACGGCAUGCGGAAUCCAACCCGACUCAUUUACAUUUGUUGGUUUGCUUAUGGCUUGCAGUCAUUCUGGUCUUGUGGAAGAUGGCCGUUAUUACUUUGAUAGCAUGAAAAUAUAUGGCGUCGUGCCGGAUAAUACUCAUCAUACAUUACUUGUGGACCUACUAGGCCGUGCUGGAUGUCUGGAAGAAGCGAGGGAAAUUAUAAACCGUAUGCAAAAACCAGAUGCUGCUGUUUGGGGUUCAUUGCUCGGAGCUUGUAGAGUUCACAAAAAUUUGGAAUUGGGACAAGUUGCUGCCUUGAAAAUUUUUGAUCUAGAGCCAUCCAACGCAUCGGCUCAUGUUUUACUGUAUCACUUGUAUGCUGAGUGUGGUGAGCCAGAGGAGGCUGCUAAUGUGAGAAAAAAGAUGAGGAGGAUUGGAGUGAAGAAAGAUCCUGGAUAUAGUUGGCUUGAGGUGGAUAAUGUGGUGCAUAACUUUGUUGCGGAUGACAAUUCACAUCCAAGAAUGAAUGAGAUUCUUUUGGUAUUAGAGGAAAUGGUUACAAGCAUUGAAAAAGCAGGUUAUGUGUCUGAUGUUCUCAGCUUUAGAGAGGAUGGGAGGAAAUCAUAUCAUAGUGAGAAAUUGGCAGUUGCUUUUGGACUCAUCUCUGCAAGUGUUGAAAAACCCAUAAGGAUAAUGAAAAACUUGAGAAUAUGUGAUGACUGUCAUAUUACGAUGAAGUUCAUUGCCAGAAUCUCAAACAGGGAGAUUAUUGUAAGAGAUGUUUCUCGAUUCCAUCAUUUUAGAAAUGGAAAUUGUUCUUGUGGAGAUUAUUGGUGAGAUGGGGUUUGUUCUCUUUUGAGCCAUUUUUAGAGUUUUUGGACUUUGGAGCUAAUAGUCGGUUGGCUAAUUGAGGAGCCCGGAUUUGGUAAGUUAACUUUUAAUUGCCCUACAAUGUAUUUUGUUUGUAUA